AGUGCAACAGCUGGAGACUCAGGUGGCGCGGGUGGAUCGUCUGGAGGAGGUGGGAACGUUUUUAUCGUAGCAACCUUGCCGCCACCUGUUGUAGGCGACGAUGGCGGUGCAGUGGCGACAUUAAGCGCGUAUGAGCAAGCUUUGGCAGGGCUGUGCACGAAUGGAACCUUGUAUGUUUCGGGUUCCGGGUGUAGUACGCCUACAAACUACGCGUUGACGACCACGACAACCUCGUUUUUCGGUCUGGUAGGAAACGGAAAUGGGACCUCAGGAGGCAAUCCAACAACGGUGACGUACACGACAACGAUUGAUCUGAUAGCAGCUAUGAGUGAGGCUCUAGCCUCAUUGAGUCAAGCUGGGUUUGCACCACCAAGAAAU